UACCAAAGCACUACCGGAUGUUAAUGGUUCGUCUGCAUCUUCUCAUACUCCAUCAACAAACUAAAACAAGAUGCCGAGAGCACAGAAAAGAAAAGCUGAUGGAAACCAACAACUUGAGCAAGGAAAACAACUCAUUGAUGAUGAUAAUAAUGGUUCAGAAAGCAGCCAAUCUAGCAGUCCAAUCAGAGAUGAAACUCCUAUUAUACCAAGAAAGAAGAAGAAUGAUGGUGCACCAGAUGAAGAUGUUGGACAAGAAAUGCAAAAGAUGCUGGAGUGCUUUGGAGCUGACAUAACAAAAACUAUGGUAGCUAAGAGGAAAAGAUUAGAACAGUUGACUCAAAAUUCACUGAAAAAUACCAAUAAAAAGGUGGAAGAUAUCUGGACAACACAAAAGAAUGAAAGGGUAAAACUCCAGGAUGAGUACAACAGACAAAUAAGUAAUGUGUUGGGCCAAUGGGAAUCAGAUAUAGAAAAAACAAAAGAACAAGAAGAAAAAUUGACAUUACUUUUCAAACAGCAACAAAAAUUGUUUCAGCAAGCAAGAGUUGUUCAAUCUCAGCGACUAAAAACAGUUCAACAGCUGCAUGAACAAUAUUCCAAGGGAAUAGGAGAUCUGGACCAAUGUCAUCAUAGUCAGCAUUCCACUGUACAAUCUGAAAUGAAGAAGGAAAUGUCUCUGUUACAGAAAAGAAUUCUAAUGGAUACGCAACAACAAGAGAUGGCAAAUGUGAGAAAAUCCCUACAGACCAUGUUAUUUUAGACAGAGAGAGAACAUUAUGUGACUGGUUGAUUAUUGAUAUGACUUUCAUUAUUUAUUUAUCAUGUUGUGCAAGAUUGUUUUUGAAUGAAAUAUUCAUUGUUAUUGUAGAAUGUAUUAAAAUGUUAGUAACAAUA